CUCAACUAACGUCAGCACGGUUGUUACAAGUGCAAUGAAGUUUCUACACAGCUGCCUUCUUCUCUCCGUCCAUCUCCACUUUGUCCUGCCUCUUCUUACGUACUACAUGACAGAAUGGUGCUCUAUGAGUGUGCUAGAUAUGAUGGACCGUCCAAUCUCAGCAGGGAGGCUGCGUCUCACGUACGAGAAUGAACGAUACCGGAAGGACAUGGCUUGCACGAUGUCCAUCCGGACACCUGCUGACCAUCACCUGAUGGUCAGGUUUCUUGACAUGGAGAUCGAAGGGUUCAUGUCGGAGGGCUGUGAGUCAGAUUACUUGAUCCUCUAUGAUGGUCCGGAUGACAAGAGUCCUUCUAUGGAUAAUCACAAAUAUGUUGAGCAAUAUACAAUUGCUGUAGUACAUGUAGGAGACAUCACUUUGUCGACUUCUCCACGAUUAAUAGACAGUAACAGCUAAAUAACAGAUUCAUGUCCAUUAUCAGAUAAAAAAAAAAGGUUUGAUCAAUCGCCCACUUUGAUAUGGUUUAGAAUUUAAUUUAAUAACGAAUAUUACCAACAACUGAAAACAAAUGCCAGGUUAAACAAAUUCAGGGUUACGACAUUCAAGGCAUCAGUAAACUGUUCAAAAGGAUAUUUUGGCACGACAUCUGGAUGCCAUAAAUUUGACCCAUCAGUAUGUCGGGAGUAAUACUCUGUUUUGACAUACUCCACCGUACAAUGGACUUUGGAAUUGAUUUGUGUCGCUGUUAUUUAUCUUCCAAUAAAAACAAUGACGCAAUGAGUGUUCAAAAUAUUAUUGUUCGUAGCAACCAUGCUACAUAUCGUUCAAUAUCACGACUGACUGCAGGGCACAAAUGUCCAGUAUCAUUGCACUUACAUAGUCCUAUCAGAUUUCUCCACAUGAUGUUUUAUAACUGUAAAAAGGAAAUUUAUCAGGAUUGGGAAGGGAUAGAAUGACACGUGACAUUAUUCAUCAUAAAGCUAAGACAGAAUAAUCCGACAAAUUUACUUAAAACCACCAUUAUUAUACCUAAUCCUGAUUAACGCAAGAUGUUAUUUCAGCGUUAUGUCUUAUAAGAAAACCAAUGCUAGAGGCCCCUUCAGAACAGGACGUGACAUUUUGCGACAACAUUUAUGGACAAGGUGCUAUGUAAUUACAUGACUGCAAAAUGUGCGG